AUGCACGAGGAAGAAGCACUAUCCCAAUUCUCCAACCCGGAGUUCAACCCAAAUGGUAUUGCGAUCUAUCCCAAUAGCAAGAAUGGCUAUUGGCUCUCCAAUCCCAGCGCCGAUACCUCUCGUCCGAAUGAUCUGGACUUUACCAACGAUCUCUUGACCCUUAUGGAAGAGAAGCUCUGCAUCGACACCCGCAGAGUCUACGCUGCUGGAAAGUCAAAUGGGGGAGGCUUCACCGGCGUGAUUGCUUGCAAUGCCACGGUUGGUAGCCGCUUCGCUGCCUUUGCUGCCGUGAGUGGCGCCUGGUACAACACCGACGAUAUACCCGGUGUAGGCCCCUGUGCGCCCGCGAAGCGUGAAGAAGGAUAUCCAUUCCUCGAGUUCCACGGCACCAUCGACACUACCGCUCCCAUUGACGGCAAUACCAAGGAACAUCCCAAGCUUCCCGUUAUCGAUAUUCUCGAGGGCUGGGCGGAGCGGAAUGGAUGUGGCGCGAAUGCCAAAUGGACCAAGAAUGAGACCGUUUUCCAGCAACUUCUGGUCAAUCAUGCUAGUUGGGACUGCGCUGGCCAGGCUGGUAUUGUGCAGCACUAUCGUGAGGGUGAAAACGGUCACUGCUGGCCUUCUACUGUCGGCAAUGACGAUUACGAGAGAUUGGCUUCUCAGUGUCCACUGGGCAAGUAUGUCUUCAACGCCACCGAGUAUAUUUUCGAUUUCUUCGGCCACUAUCAGCUGAAAGACUGA